ACUGCUCGCCUUAUCGAAUGGUGCAAAGUCAAUCAGGAGGCUCAGCUCAAGAUAUUUUCAGAUUCUGCAAAGGAUGCAAAGGAGGAAGGAUGCACACACCAACAGAUGACCACGCAGAAGAACAUAUACUUGCAGGAGCUUGCAACAACAAUCUUUCAGAACGAUGAAGAUCCGAAGGUCAGGGAUGCAGACUGGCCACUAACUAGCUAUUUUAAAUUACGGAAAAAGUACAACAAGAUUAAUGUGCAACUUAGCCAGACCAGUGCUGGUCUGUCCUUUGAGGCGAUCAGCAGGAAUGAGAAGAUGAAGGGAAUUCUUGACCAACUAUUGGUAGCAUUCCCAUGGUGGGUCAACCUCCAUGGGUGGUGGAGAACCAACCCUACGUAUAACACUUCAUUCUCAACGGCCGAUCCAGGCCAGGACUUUGCAGUGGAGGCU